AGAAGAGAUGUUGCUACUGAUGGAGAUAAUGGAGUAUAUAUACCUUAUUUGAUUGAUGAAAGAGGAUUGUCAGUCAACGAGUUUUACUGGCCACAGGAUGAAAAUUUGAAAGUAAAUGAUUCAGUAUCCGGUAUCGAUCGGGCUAAAAGAAUCCAGUCUCUCUCGGUAACAAAUUCGUUAGAUGUAUUGAGACAGCGUGUCCUAUUGGAACUGGCACGUCGAAAAGCUUUGCAGGAUCAACAGCAGAUAGACGCUAAUCGUCGUUACUUGGAUAACAUUGGUAAACGUUCAAAUCAAUAUCUCAAAAUGGAUUAUUUACCCCAAAUGUUGGAAACAAAAAAUAUUGCCCGGAUUUUUGAUCAUCAAUUUGCUGACCAGCCGGAGCAAAACUAUUACACAGCUAAAAAUCCCCUGGAAUCUACUCUCGAUUGGUACAACAACAACAAUAAUAAUGCAAAUGAUGUUACAAAUCAGUACAAUGUCAACGAUCAAUUACGAAAGAUAAAGAAGAUUAAUAAAAUUCGUUUAUUGUAACGCGAGUGAAACAAUUGGUCACCGAGUACAAUUUUAUCCCUCCGCUUGUAAUUAUAAUUGUCCAUAUUAAAUUUUA